AUGAAGGAAGACACAAAGUGGACUUCUGGGGAUGUCGCCAUCAUCUCCUCCGAUAAUGUCCGCUUUCAUGUUCCCUCUGCCCUACUGGCGUGGUCAAGUUCUGUCUUCGACGAUAUGCUUACUCUGCCCACUCCCAGUGUCGAAGGGCAGGAGAAAGGAAUUCGUCUCACAGACUCUCACUUCGAGGACUCUGCUACCAUCAGGCUGUAUCUGGACGUGGUGUCGGCGACUCGCAACUACAACGUCUUCGCGUCACUUUCCGAGCCCUAUUCCGACAGUGCUCGCCAACUUGGCAAGCUCGUCCACUUCAUGGACAAGUACAACUCUGAGAACGGUAUCGAACUGCUCAGGCUGUCCUGCACUGCGGCUGUUCUGCACGGAUACUGCCCGCCCUCCCAGCUUUUUGUCUUCGCAAGCGUCAUUAAUGAUCUUACAUUGUGUUUCCGUAUCAUCGAAAAGUUCCCCGGGUGGACAUGGACCAAUCCUGACCGCUCCAGAGUCUUGCUACCUCAGCCGCAUGGGGCGUCGGAGGCACCCUCGAUAUUCCUUACUUCGCAUGCUGGCUUCGAUCUCUCGUGCGGCAUGCCCUACCAGUAUCAGUGGGCCAUGACUCGGGCUUCUCUCUAUUACGAUCCCAGCAAAGAAUACGAGAAGUUCGCCCACAAGUUUGUCGACAUUGUCCAGAUCAUCUUCGAUGAGAGCACUCAGUACCCGGUGUACGGUGGAACUUUCCCUGCCAUCGUCGCCACGCCGAAUCUCGAAGGUUACACCAAGCCGAGGGCGUCCGACGCCUCAACGGCCACGCUGACGGUAGUCAUCUGA